CACUUCACCAUCUUCAUUAAUCCAACCCCAAAACCAGGUAUCAACAAACCUUAAUCAAUGAUCCAACAGAUUUGGCCUACUAUCCCUAAGCAUUUGGGUUACCCCUUCUCUCUAUAAGAAGAAACUACCCUUUCUCUCUCCUCCUUACCCUUCUCCUUUUAGAGAGAGAAAAUAUCCACCACUGUCUUUUCUUUUCCUUGCAACAGAGAGUACUCAUCUUACUCAAACUGGAAAUAAAUACACUUUCUCUCUCCUACCCGCCAAUUAUUAUUGUUGGAAUUUUUUAGGGUUCAUUCAUUUUUGUCAAGAUUUUAUCAUCUGGGUUGAUUGCAAAAUCUAGGAAUCAAUUUGGGUUUUUUUCUCUGCUUAAAACCCUAAAUUAAAAAUUCCCCUUUCGCAGUAACAUAAACAAAAAAAGAAAAGGUUGCAUUGUCAGAGGAAUCUUAAGGAAUCAGCCGUUAACAAAUCAUCAUCCAUAAAUACUCUCCCUUUUUCCGGGUUUAUUACUUUUUUUCAUUUGUGGUUUUGCAUUAUGUCUCGGAGUAGUCAUUGGACAGUGGAAUUUAUAUCUUGAGGGGGGAUUCUGCAAGGAUCUCGAUGUUGCCUAAUGGUUAGAGGCACCAUGGACGGUAGAAGGACGGUGGAUCGGCUCAAGGGUACUUUAUGCCAGAGAAUUUUGUUAUUUACUAUCUGGUUCUCCACUUUCGAAGAUGUGGUGUUUUUGAAAGUGCUUGCUGAACAGUAUCAUCUUCCUACUCAUCAUGACCUUGAUACGUCGCCAAGUACAGGGACUUUUCAACCUAUUGAGAUAUCACCAUCUGUUAUUCCUCAUUAUCCAAUCCCCAAUGAAUCUGCUCCGCCACUGUAUCCUAGAUUUCCACUGAUAUACAAGCCAGUAUUGACGGGAAAAUGUCCUGUAAACUUCUCUGCCAUAUCAGACAUCAUUGAGAGAACUUCUCUUGAUUGUUCUCAACCUUUAGCAUCCUAUGUUGGGAGUGUUGUAUGCUGUCCCCAAUUUGGUAGUCUGCUUCGUAUAUUCCAGGGUUACCAUAGCACAGUUUCCGAUAAGUUGGUUUUUGAAGAUGUUGUUGCCAAUGAUUGUUACUCAGACAUCAUUAGUAUUCUUGCUAGUAAAGGGGCAAAUAGUUCAAUUUCACAGCUUUGUUCUGUUAAACCAUCAAAUAUUACUGGGGGAUCGUGUCCUGUGAAAGAUGUAAGUUCGUUUGAAAGAAUCGUGAACACGAGUAUGUUGUUAGAUUCCUGCAGCACAGUUGACCUUCUAAAGGAGUGUUGCAGACCUGUUUGCCAGCCUGCAAUUGCAGAUGCUGCACUUCAGCUCUCGGGACAACUAACAGCCAGCAAUGGAAAAGAUAUGGUAGGGGGAGCUAUUAAUAUAGACACACUUAAUGAUUGUAAAGGGGUCGUCUAUUCAUGGCUUUCACGGAAACUGUCAGCAGAUGCUGCAAAUACUGCAUUCAGGAUAGUAUCAAGCUGUAAAGUCAACAAAGUUUGUCCUCUGGAGUUCAGACAUCCAUUAGAAGUAGUUGAACAAUGCCGCAACACAGCUGCUCCAAGUCCUUCCUGUUGUACCUCAUUAAAUAGCUAUAUUAGUGGGAUUCAGAAGCAAAUGUUGAUAACAAAUAAACAAGCAAUCAUUUGUUCAACUAUUUUUGCAUCAAUGUUACAGAAGGCCGGAGUUAUGACAGAUGUGUAUGAACUUUGUGAUGUGGACUUGAAAGAUUUUUCAAUCCAAGUAACAGCAUAUGGACAGCAAGGUUGUCUACUUCGAAGUCAACCAGCAGAUGUUGUGUAUGACAAUGUGACAGGUUAUAGUUUUACUUGUGACUUAAAUGACAAUAUCGGAGCUCCCUGGCCUUCAUCAUCUUCUAUGUCAUCCUUUUCCUUGUGUGCUCCAGAAAUGUCAUUACCUGCACUACCAAAGUCGAAGAAUUCAGGAAGUCAUGGUGGAAUGGAAGUCCUUAUAGCCAUUUUCACAGCUAUUGUAAUCAGUGCAAUUUUGUACUGAGUAUAUUUUGUCUAAGCGAGGUUGAUCAGUCCGAUGGAGAAAGUAGUUUGUGGGUAGGGUUUAAUGUAUAUUGUUAGAUACUGUAAUACUUUCCAUGUAUAGUAGGUUAUGUUUUCUUCUACUUAAUACAGAGUACUCUUUUUUUUUUU